GGUCCCCCUCAGCGAAGCCCCGCGUUCGGCCGCGCGUUGGCAGCGGUGGCGCAGGCGCAGCGCUUGGCGCCCGCCCUCAGCCAUGGCGGACGAGGAGCUGGAGGCUCUCCGGCAGCAGCGGCUGGCCGAGCUGCAGGCCAAGCACGGGGAUUCUUCUGCUGAUCCGUCACAACAGGAAGCAAAACAGAGGGAAGCAGAAAUAAGAAAUACUAUUUUAGCUCAAGUUCUUGAUCAAGCAGCACGUGCGAGAUUGAGCAAUCUGGCACUUGUGAAACCAGACAAAGCAAAAGCAGUAGAGAAUUACCUUAUACAGAUGGCAAGAUAUGGACAGCUACCUGGAAAGAUAACAGAACAAGUUUUGAUAGAAAUACUUGAGAAAGCGAGUCAGCAAACAGAGAAGACAACAACAGUAAAGUUCAACAGAAGGAAAGUAUUGGAUUCUGAUGAAGAGGAUGAUUAUUAAAUACUACUGUUAGACUGUCUGCCAAGUAAAUGGCCUGAAAAAGGGCAACAGUUGUCAGGCAGAACAGAAAACCUGAAAUUGUUUACGUUUCUUUACUUUUUUUAAUAUAAAUAUAUGUAAAGGCCAAACAAAUGAACUUGUCUUGUAAAAUAUACCUGAGAAGGGAAUUUUAUAACUUAAACUUUUGUAGUAUAAGAAGCCUGAGCAGUGUGGAGUUCCCCACUGCUUCAUUAGCAUGAAUGUUUUGUUGCCCCUUACUCAGUGCGUAAGCUGUGCUUUCAGCACCUGCACACCCUUAACUUACUGUUAUUGGACAUACCUUAACAUGAGGACAAGUUAAGUGUAAGGCUUGGAACAACCAGUCCCUGUAGGAGUUUAAAAGACUUAGCUCCAGAGCCUAAAUUACAAACUGUUAGAAACAAGAUUUCCUGAGCCCCUGAAGGAAGCCUCUCCAGCAACUCUCUGACUCUGAAGUCUUCACUGGAAAUUUACAAAAUAAAGUGAAAGUUUCAAAGUGGCGAUUAUUGGUGUGUGGAUCAGAGGGCAUCUUAUCAGGCAGUCUGUGUAAAAUUGUUACCAACCCAUAAAUGAACUGUUUCCCUAUGAAAUUAUCAAGCUAUCUCAAAAAAAGCAAGUUAAAAUUAACUGUGUAAUACAGCACUGUUCAGGCACUUGUUAUUGUAUAUUCUUAAAACUACCUCCAUUUUGUGAAAUGGCUGGAGUGUUUCCUAACUUAAAAAAAGGCAAUUUUCCUAAAUUUUCUGCAACUCUGCAUGCAUAAAGUAAAACUUGUGCUGUACACUUGUUCAAAAAUAUGGUUAUGGAAAGAUGCUAGAUAAAUACUGUAAUGCUGUGCUGAUAAACACACUAUUACCACAAAGCCCUUUUCUGACAUUAUUAAAUAGAAACAUGUAUGAUUUCAAAUGAAGUGUUUUUUUUUUUGGAAUGGAAUAAAAUCCUUUCAAGUGA